AACUACAUCCUCUCUCAAACACAUUGUAUUCCAUAUAUUAUCUUUCCCAUCCCUGAAAAACAAAAAAAGUUCAACAUUUAGGAUAAAAACUAACACAAUAUGGCAAAUAAACUCCAAUAUGCCCUUCUGAUCAUCGCGGGUGCCAUUUGCUUGGCAUCCUUACUCACCUUCACCGAUGCCGCGGCUGAUCCACACUUCCAAGUCGUUGGAACCGUGUACUGCGACACAUGCCGCGCCAAAUUUGUCACCCGAGUCUCCGAAAGGAUGCCAGGUGCCAAGGUGAGAUUGGAAUGCUACAACAACACAGACGGAAAGUUGACGUACAGCGCGGAUGGGGAAACAGACAGCAACGGCGUCUACAACAUAGACGCCGUGGGCGAACACCAGGACGAGUUCUGCGGCGUCAAGCCGGUAAAGAGCAGCAAAGACGACUGCACCGAGAUCAUCGAAGACGGUUGGGCGAAAGACUUCACCAGAGUCACCCUCACAACCAAGAAUGGCAUUGCUGACAUGGCCAGGAACGUAAACCCUAUCUUGUACUUGAAGGAUAAGCCCAUUGCUGCUUGUCCAGAGGUGUUCAAGGAAUUGCGUUACAUCCCAGGAGAAAACCAGCACCCUUGAAGAACCCUUUUCAUACAUUAAAGAGAGAAAAAAACUAGGGUUUUUGGCACACACAUGCAAUAUUUCAAUAUGAUUUUUCGUAUUUAUAAGAAAUAAAAGAACAUAUGGAUGAAUAUAUGUAUUCUAGCUAAUUAAGGACUUUGACUCAUCAAAUUCUCUCAAUGUGUAAGCCUAAAUAUAGUCAUGUGUGAUCUUGUUUGAUUUGUCUUAACAUAUAGAUUAUUAAUAUAUAAUUUCUAUAAUUUUUUAAUAUACAAAUUACAAGAUAAAAUGGAUUAAAGAAGUGCAUUGGAUGGUGUGCCAAAAGGCUUAGAGAAAUUUGCCCCCUAACAGCGCCAUAGGUAAAUUUUAUUAUACAUGCAAUUUUUUGUAACUUUUUAAUUAAAAUUUAUAGUUUUAU